AUGUUCAUGAAAAGGGUUCAGCUCACCACCCCAUUGGCGAUUGCGGUUAUAGCUCGGUUCAAUAUGAAAAAGAAGUCUCAUUACUGGAGUCGUAGGCCGUGUCAGUCGAGAAGAAAAUCCACCCGACUUCGCGAUACAUGUUUGGAUACCGACAAAGAGAAUGCUGAAUUACCUAUUGACCACACUCCAGUGGUCACCUCCGACAGCACUUUGCCUCAAUUUCCUUCUAUUGGGCAUGUUCAAAAGAAUGAAAGAAGUGCUUCUGUCGAAAUAAUCAACAUUAUCAACCGUGACGAAGUGGAUAAGUGUAGUAUUCGCGGAAAUUCUUCGCUAGAAGUUCACCAAUUUCUCGAAUCUAUUGGUAUGGACCAUUACAAAGGAAGCUUCACUGGUUUCACCCUGCACGGCUUGGGUAUUCUAACACCUGAUGAACUUAUCUCAAUGGGUUUGGAGAAGACCCAUGCCUAUUGCAUUUAUUCUACAUUGAAGGCUAGAAGGGAGAGUGCAAACCGAGAACCGAGCAAACAAAUCGAAACUUCUGGAGAGUUGAAUAUCUAUGUCGCAGAAUUGACUCAUUUCGGUGGAGACCUCGUCUACAAAAUGAUUCAUCUCCCAAGGAAAACGAAGGACGGAGUUAUACCGCCUGCGUUGAAAAAUUGUAACGCUAUCCGGAGAAGUGAAAGAACUCGCAUGUUUUAUGUGGGACCUGCAGGCAUUAAGGUUCAGAUGUCCGAUGAGGUGGUCUCCAUGUGGAAAAACGAAUCGGUUUACGCUAUCUCUUGUGUUAACGGAGGAGCCUAUCAUAUUCAAUCGAUGUCACGUUGA